AUGCCAUUUGCCUACGACGAAUUUAAGAAAAAUCGCAAAGACUGGGUCAAUGAGCUUCAAUAUUUCAACAAGGUAUGGUACAGGUCCAGAAAAGGUCGACGAAACCAUUGGAAGCGCAAGCAAGACUUCAUCGAAAUGCUCCAAAGCCAGCUCAAACAAUUUGUGGAAAAUAAAUUCAGUGAAUUGACUACAGCCAAAUGCUUUGAAGAGAAGAUCCGAGAAAUCUUGGAGGCAAUCAAAAAAGUAAAUGAGGAUGCGGUUAUCCGUGGAGAAGUACUGAAUAUGAUCACUAUGGCAAUUGGCCGACUCACCUUUGAUGGCGGAUUUGGUGAAAACGACACCUUUGCAAUGGAAUGGGAUAAGCGGGCAAUGAAGACCGAUGAAACAUGGCGUGAGAAUGCGCCAAGGGAUGGAGAUGUAAAAGAUUUUAGACGGGAACAACUUCGUUCCAUAUGGGCAUGCCUCUCUGUGGUCUCUGAGGGUUGCAAUUGCCUCCAGUGUAUUAAGCGCCGCCCUUCAUCCAACGCAUCGACAGCGGUGCCAGAGACUCGGACUGCCUGGGCUUUCAUACGACACCAUUGGCAAACUUUACUUUCAGGUAUCUGA